GACAUGUUGUGCGACGCUCCAGUUAUCCAUUUGGUUAUCUAUAUACAUAUAAGUACAUACAUGUAUAUAGUAUAUGUCUAAGUAUACAUGAAUAUUUGAUAGAGAAUGUAAGGAAUAAAUGGAGUGAUGCACGGAAGAGACACGAAACAGGCUGAGAAGAAUUGCCGAGUCGACUUAUCGUGAUCGGCUCAUUGCGAAUUGCGAUUUUCGUUUAUACUCGUGUAAACUGAUAGACGCGAUAUCGAGAAAGAUAUUACCGAAUCACGCGACGUUGCGGCGCGGGACGUUCUUGUAUUUUCUUUGUUCUCCUCUUUAAGGCCUGUGGUAUUCGACCGCGUGCCUGCCAUACCAUAUCUCUCGUUCUACACCUAACCUGCGUUUUCUGCUCUUUUUCGCUUUAUAUUUUUUCCAUCUUCCGGAGCAUGUUCGAGGAAUAUUCUAAGAUCUUUCGUAUCUUAUUGGCAAGUUGGAGAGAAAAUUGCAGUCAACUUCGCAACGAUGAAUUUAACGAAAACUUAGAAGACUUGACUUUGCCGAGCAACGAAGACUGGCGUUACCGAGUCUAUUAUCGACUGGUUGAACUGCAAAGAGAAUGCGACUAGUAAUGAAAUCGAAGGGUCGAGGAAGGCGGAUUGGAGACGGAAGCGGAAACGAAGUUGGAAGCGGAAAGGAAUCGAAAGAAGAACGAUUGGGAAUGGGAGCCAAAGAAGCACGGACACAAUUUGACGAUGGUUAAGCCUAGAAAAUAUGGAAGCGAAGAAUCGAAGGGAGGAUCGUUGAUGAGCGUCGAUAGGAUCAGCGGUUCGAUGAUAGAAACAUGCGUUCAACCAGGUUGGCGCGUUAACGAUAUUCUGUUAGCCGCGAAAGUUCUUAGGAAAAUUCAGCCUUCACCUACGUACUCGGACGAGGCCGAGAUGCGUCGUGUGUUUGGACUUGUCUACGACGUUCUCAGAUACAAAAAGAUAUUCGUUCGUGCCUUGGAGGAUAUUGGAUUUUGGCAGCACAAUAACGCGAUCAGGGAUCGAGAAAAGAUCGUUUGGUUGUUGUUGUACGAUUUGCAAGGAAGAAAAUUUGCGAAGCCACAGUUCGAGAUCGCCAAUUUCGAAGAACGCGAGAAGAUCUUUGAGGCUGCUGGCUUAGCGAAUAUCGAGAACGCUCUUCUGAAUGUGAAGACUCGUCUCGCGGCAAGUAUUUCCAGGCUACGUAUCCGCGGCUCUGCCCUCAACCUCGAUGAAUUGUUGCCGAGCCGAUUGCGCGUCAUCGAAGGCGUCGCUUGGGGUGUACAAGCUAGGAUCGCUUCCGGAUGGAUAAACAGCAUGAAAAUCGUCAACAAGAUAGAAUUCCUGGAGGAAAUGUCGAAAUUGAAAUUGUCGUAUUGCGAAAGCAAAGCAGCGAAGGUAGAACUUGAAGAGAAUGAGUAUGCGUUUGAUCCGAUUUGUCCGAAGAUGGUUCAUUUACACGAAAGCAUGCGGGAAACGCUGGCUGUUUCCAGUAUCGUUCGUGAUCACCGUUUUGUAUUUCUGGAAAGAUCAUUGUGCAUUGGCGCGGCAGCGUUGGUACAGGCGAUUCGCGUCGGUCGAGUCUACGGCCCAGUUAUUUUAACGCAUUCCCUUGCACCUCGACACACUGGAUAUUUGGCUGGGCUUUUGGCCGAUAUUGAGCACACUGGUAAACUCCUGGCCUUUGGAGCUGGCGAUCGUCGUUACGAGUACGAGACCUACCUGAAAAACCUCGGCAUCACCUUGCAACGGUGUCGCGUCUUCUCCGAAAAGUACGCGUCUCAUCUGACGACGAGCGAAUCAGAGAGGGCCACCGUAGUGUUAGCGGUGCCAUCGUGUACCUACACGGGGGUCAGAGAUAUCGUCGAUCUUGCAGUAGCACGAGGUGGAGACGUGGAUCUUCUCGAAUCGUUAACGGAUAGUUACACUAACAGCCUUCACGACGACAUUGACGACAACUACGAACGAGAGGAUAACAAUUGCGAAAACGAAAAGAAUUAUAACGAUCAUGAACAGUGGCGUACUUUCUUGACCGAUCAAAUGUCCACUUUGAAAUAUACUUUGACCAGGCCGAAUGUACAAUUUGUCGUAUACGAAGUGCACACGGUUUUACCCUCAGAGACAACGGAGAUGGUUCGGCAGGUGGUAGACUGCGUUAAUCGGAUGGCCAUAGAGAAGUACAUUCGCGAACAUCCGAGGAAAGCGCCGAAGGAAUCGUCGAAAUCAGUCAAGAUGGAUGAGGAAUUGCGAAAAGACGAUCAUGUCUCGACACUGUCCGCGAACAUUACCAUCCCAGACAGCGAUCUCUUCGAAGUGAGCAGCAUCGACGAUAUUUACGGAGAGAACGUUAGUCAUAUGUUAAAUCCAGGAUGCUUUCUCGUGGUAAUAAAACGAAAAGAAAUGGUGCAAUUCGACUCGCUGUUUAUGAUCAAAGUAGCAGAAUCUAAGGGUUUGUUCGGCGAUCCGAAAGCGCAACAGCGAUCGAAACAGGAGUCCAUCAUCGAUCAGUCGAUUCGACAAUCCUUGCAAACAGGCGCACAAAAACGAGCAAAGCGUGUCAAGGUGGAGAUCGAGCGUAUAAUGGUACACACGUACUCCUCAUUAUCGAAAAGCGUACAAGAAAAUCAGAUUUGUCCACGGCACAAACGAUGUGCCAGUUGGGAGGAAGCGAAUCCACCUGGAUUGCAGGUAUUUGAAAAUGCAAAGUUAGACGUUAAAACGUGGCGAAAGCAAAACAAUAGUGUGAAUCCUUCGAACACACCUCUGUACGGAACUUCGUCACGGAAAAAGGAAUUAGAAGCGAUACGCUCGAUCUUUUCACCACGGUCCGAAUUCAAAGCGUCCACGUUGCAUACAGAGCCGAAGCAAAAGAGAUCUUCGCCCACAUUGACCAAUUUGCUCAACAUCGAAUCUCUGCCCCGCGAGGAAUGGAGCCAUGCUACUUCGUCGAUUUUGAGGUCACCGAUUGUUGCUAGAGCGGCGCGUCUGAUUCGUCUGGAGAAUUCCAUCGAUAACGAGAAUUACGAGGAAGCGAAGAAGCAAACGCGAUCAAAGACAGGCCACCGAUGCUGGGCAUCGAAGAAGACGUCUCGUCUAUUACAUCCUGUCGGAACACCGUCCAAUGUGUACAGCUCGCUCUUUGAUAUCGUUUAAAAUAAUUACCGGGACGCUUACAGAUGUUCGAGACGUUGUUCGCUCGAAGAUAUAUCGUUCCCGACCUUUUUUCGAAUUUCUAGCUAUUUAAAAUCAAGAUUGUACGAAAAUAUCAAACAUAAAAUGUUCAAAGAAGGCUGGUUGCGGUCAAAGAUACAAAAUUUUUUUUUUUUUUUUUUUUAUUUUGGUUAUUUUACAAUUUGUCCUUGCGGACAUUUGGUAAAGUGUUAUAUCUUGUUGGUGAAGAAAAAAAAAAUAUAAAUAAAAAAUAAUAUAGCAUGUGGGCGGCUACCCCCAGCGGGGUACCAGCUUCGUUUUUUUUUUCUAAGUUAUAUCUUUUAUGAGGUCUAUUGGGUUAAAGAUACAAAAUAAAUCAAUUAUUCGCUGUAUUGAAAGUUUAAUAAAGUCACAGUAAUGGUUCCAUAUAUUAUACAUAUUAUAUUUAUCGGUGACGAUAAUCUCUUUAAAUAUUCUGAAUAUCGCAAAUCAAGUGGAAAAUUUCGCAGUAUGGAAAUAAAAGAAGUUAGAAGAAUAGCGUGUGGCGUACUGUUAUACGCCGCACGCUUGUCCAGGUUGGUUUUAUGAUUAUUUUGUAUAUUUUUAGUUUGUUUUCUGUGCUUAGUUUGGAUUUUCGGCUUGUUAACCUUUGUCUCCUUGCUGUCUGUAUUUUGUCUAUUAUUGAUUUGAUAUACUGUUUCCAUGCGAAGUGUGUAUCUAUGUGAAGUCCAAGGUAUUUGACUUGCCUUGUUUGUGUUAUUUGCGUGCCGUUAUGUUAUACGAAUGACGAGAAAAGAGAGAAAAUUGACAGCAGACAGAGUUUCAUGUUCGUUCGGAGCCUGUUAGCGUAUAAUUUAUAUAUAGGACAUAAUGUAUAAAUAAUACACAUGUAAUAUUUGUUGCUAUGAGAUCCAUGGUAUUUAUGGAAUCUAUGGGAAUGGAAUUGAAGGAUGUAAAUGUGGAUAUAUGAACUAUACAUUUGUAUGUUUGGAUGCGAGUUAAGGAAAUUGCGAAUACUGCUGAAAAGGUGUCGUAAAUGUGAUUUCGAAAGUAACCUGUUUGGAAAAUGAAACUGAAACAGAAGAACUACCAAUAAAAGAAAAAGUUACAAUUA